AUGGGGAAUGCUCUGGCCGGCCCUGCCCUGUGUGGCCCGGAUGCUGCCAAGAUACAGCUCGUGCACGAGUGCAAGUUUCCAAUGUAUGUGGUGAAGGUGUCAGACUUCCUGAAUAUGGAAGGAGCCCCGAUGCCCCACCACGUGCUGGAGCAAAAAGGUUUGCUCCACAUUUGGUACCCAGGAAUGUUUGUGAUUUUCGUGUCUCACCAGUGGCUGGCGGCCACGCAUCCCGAUCCACAUGGGAAGCAGAUGGCAGUUCUCCGGCAAAGCCUCUGCGGUAUCAUCGAGGGAACUGUGCACGUCGAAAAUGACAUGAUCUCACUCAUCAAAGGUCGGGGGAGGUGCGAACUACCAGGUGCUGUCCGCAGGCAGGUCCAAGAGGGAUUUCUCUUUCUGGACUGGUUUGCCAUCCCCCAGCUCACCGCACGGCACGAAGGAGUGAACGAAGAUGCACAGUCGAAGGCAGCCCUUGCUGUUCAAAGCAUCCCGUCCUACGUGGAGUCCUCUGACUUGUUUGUGGCCUUGGUGCCAGAGUUGACUCACGUGACCCGUGGCACGCGCUGCAACUAUCCGUCGUGGCUAGGUCGAGGAUGGUGCCGUGCCGAGCUUUGGUGCCACCUGCUCUCCAACAAGCCCGACACCAGCGUCAUACUGGUACAUUCUGCACUGGAAGCUGAGUUCAUGUUUCCUCUGGACUGGCAGCACAACACCGUGGCAGAGGGCGAGUUCACCGUCGAAAGCGACCGGGCGGUGGUGGUCAAGCUCAGCGAAGUCGCCGUGGACAGCAAGAUCCGGCACCUAGGCAUGGAGGGCCCCAUUGGUCUUUACCGUUUCUACGUGGCCUACCGAGCGAAGCUCCUUGGCCGGCCGACCCUUCCCUGGGAUCUGGUGGGAUUUUUGGAGAGCUUUCGCUUUCCGAGCUUCCAAGAUGCGCUCUUCGACCAGACCGCCAGCGGGGCCUUGUGUGCCGUGCUUGCUGGGGACACUCGCAUGCUGGCCAGGCUUAUAUGGCGCAGGGCCGACAUCAACCACCGUGUCUCUGGCUUGAGCGAGCUGGGAUUCUACGACAGUCAGACGCUGCUCAUGGUAGCGGCGAAAUCGCAUCAGAAGCCAGAGGUGCUCUCAACCCUGCUGGAGCUUCGGGCGGAUGUAAAUGCAAGAGACCGCAGCGGGCUGAACUGUGCCUUCUACGUUCGGUCCGCGCUGCAUGUGCAGGUGCUGGUGGAGGCUAAGGCCGACUUACACUCCACGUGCGUACCUCUCGGCUUGGCGCCGCUUACCGGGGCGUCGUCCUCGGCUGACACGGACACGGUGGCUGCAAUGCUUGAGGCGCUUUGUGACCCGAACCCCGAGCUCAGUGGAGCCGGCUAUGGCCCUUUGCACGGUGUCGCCGGCUUUGCCCGGCAUUGCAACAGGUAUUCGGCAAAGACCGCCCGCUUGCUGCUGGCUUGGCGUGCUGACAUCGACAUGCGUGCACGUCCCAGUGGAAAGUACCAGGUGCUUACCUUGGCAGCGCGUGCGCGCACUGGCUUGGGCCAGGCCUCCGGCUCAUUAACUACCAGGCGGGUGGCAGCCCUACCUGGCAUCACACCCUUAGCAAUUGCAGCCAUGUUGGGUGACGGAGAGUUGACUCAGCUCUUUCUGGAGUUUGGGGCUGAAAUGCUUGCAAAUGAUCGCGGGGACCUGCCAGAAGAUCUGGCGGCCAGCAAUGGACAGGACCACCUGGUCCCAAUUCUUGCUACGUUUUGCGUUUGA